UUACGAUUUAUGUCUAGAUUUACGCAGCUAGUAGUCCUUGAAAUCACUUUCACCACCUUCCAUCAAAUCAUACAUAUAUCCAAUUAUCCGAAAAGGUACCAUCGGUCUGCAUAAUGUCUUCAUAUCGCAUAAAUUUACUGAAGCUGAUUGACCUGGCCAUCGGAUCGCCAAACCCGGGAUCUGUCAACUUCAAUUUGCUGCAUAAAAUUCUGUACGUCCUGGCUCUACGUGACACUAGCGGAGGACUCUGUUGGCCCACGACAGAAACCGAUGAAAUCGAACUGUCACGCUCGGGAACCCUCAUAAAUCAAAAGCUACUUGAUGAAGCCCUAAAAGAUGGCGGCAGUACACGUUUAACCGUCCAACGAGUGACAAAUCGGUCCGAAAAUGACGAGGAUAACCAGCAUAACUGUAACCCUGUCUGUAUCCGUAUAGCCGGAUCGAGAAUCGUGAUGCCUUCGCGGGGCAACAGUCAGCAUUCAAUUGGCCAACCGGAACGCAUCGAGUCGCAAAUGAGUGCCAUGUCCACGAUGGUUUCCGAUCUGGAGGAACGAGUUGAGCAGAUUUCCCUUAAGCCGAGCAAUGCCUGCGAAAAGCAGUUGACCGAAUUGCGAAGUCGCAUCGAAGGUUUGGAAAAAGCGAUAGAAAAGCCCGUAUUAAAGCAAACUAUGGACGGGCCACUGGAAAUCGACGAGGACGAACUGAAACUGGAAAUGGGAAAAAUGUGGGAUUCCAUUCAAAUUUUGACGGAGAAAAUGAAUACAUUUCCGCGAAUUGAUGGAACCCAUGGAAGCCCGGUGCAGAUCGAUGGAAUUGAAAACGGUGAAACCGUACAUCACAAUUCCGGAGAACCACUCGCCCCGGAAAUUGAGUCUAGCCCUGCCGACAAACCAGAAACAGACAAUAUUGUGCCAAUUGACUCCCACAUGGCAGAAAUAGUCCAUUCCAUCGAAUCGCAGAUUCACGAUUUGGAACUCAAAUUGCAAUCUAUGUAUGAAGAAAUCAAAUCCUCAAACAAACCAAUUGAUUCGAUAGCAGUUACUAACGAAGCUCCGGAAUCACCUCAAAUAGCGGAUCAGUUUGCCUUAAUUGAGCAAAAAUUUACUACGAAAAUUGGACAAAUAGAACACUUGAUUAAGCGUCUAUUCCAGGAGAAGGCCGAUGAUGCUGCAAUCGAGUCCCGCAUUCGACAAUCUGUUCGAUUAAGUUUUGAUAUUUCCAAUCGAGUUAGUUACAUUCCACUUGAUGAGUUACCAUUUCAACGGCGCGAGGACCACAGCGAAAGCCUGUCUACGGUGAAGGAUCAACUCGAAGCUACGCAGAAAGAACUUUUGACGUUACGCGAAAUGAUCCAAUCGAUGACCAAUCAGCAUAACUUACUCUCCGUCAUAAACAAAAAUAGCGAAAAAAUUAAACAGCUACAUGUGCAAUUAGAAACAUUUAGGAAAGCGCACCCCAUCGAACCGGAAAAAGCUGCCGGGACAAAGCUGAAGCCCCUGAUGGACUUACGAUGCAUUUCCUGCAACCGCGCUGUUGCGAUGGACCGUUGCGAUGAGAUAAUCCCCAAACCUCCGCUUUUGAGUGUGACUCGUGUGGUGAAGCCGAAUCUACUUAGGGAACUGCACGAAGUGCACAAAAGCAUGGAGCACCAUGAGACAGUAGGGGAAACUGUUGGACAUAUGGCGCAUUUGGAAAACAUCUACCGCUCGCUAGGGGCAGCUAAAAUAAAAUAUGAUAAAAAAUGAUAAAAUAUUCAACAUCAAUGUUUUCAACAGAAUGUAUUAGUGACAGGCGGUAGAUCUACUAAUCGAGAAAAUUGACAGUUUACGCUUGAAUUCUGCAUAACAAUUAUUUGAACAAGUAUUAAAUGGAAAAUAUCUAAACACACAAACGGUAAAGAAAAUACCAACAAACACUGUAUUGAAUUCAAAAAUGCUCAGAAAAUUUGGAAAAGCUUUCGCAGCUUAGUAAAAAUGUAUCAUAGCACAGAGGACUUUUGUUAAAAAAAGUCCAAUAUCUCUGGGUGCUGCUAAGGUAGAGUUUUCCCGCAAAAGAAAUAUUUUCUAAUGGAAAAUUGAAGUGAGAUUCAUAGCACGUGAUUUAUUUUUCACACGGGUUUCACGAAUUGAAAUCCAUUUCAACCUAUUUUAAUGAAUAUAAUAAAUUCAUAAAUCAA